AUGUCGACGCCAUACUGGGGCCAGUUACCUGGGCCCAAGGUCGCCCAGACUGGCCAUGCGGGCCAUACCCGCCGCAUGUCUGAGUCGGACGACUAUGCCUAUAAUGCUGACCGUAGAUCUUCGCUCGACGCUGCCCCAGUUCGCAGAUCGAAUCGUGGUUCUUUACAAACUCAGGUCACCGAGGCUCCUACUGAAUCUACCUUUAGUCCCUAUGAUUCUCCAACCACUUCUAAUUUCGCUCCCCAAGGUCUAGCUCCAAGACCAUCUUCUUACAGACGAGACGUACCUGCUGCUGAGGCUUCUAGACCACCCCAACAGAGCCGACAGCAAGAAGAGUACGACAACGACGAGCCAUUGUCGCCUCCUCCGCCUGCUCCAGAAGUUCCUCGCGGUCCUCCUGUGAGCUAUCGCCAUCCUUACGGUAACGGCGGUCUUCCUUACACCUACACCGCCUCAGACACAGCCGCACCUCGCGAUCCUAACCCACAAGGCGGCGAUAUGGAAGACGAUCAAUACCAAAGGUCCUCUGAAAGGACUGGUGGUCAGAGACCUGACCAAGGCCAAGAAGAUUUCUCAAGACGAGGCUCAGGCGCCAGCGCAUUCGAUCCAUUGUCGAGGAGACAAACAACAGGCGGGUCCUCAGACCGUCGCAAAGCGUUCGCAAACGACCGAUCACCCCUCCAAAGGCUUGAGCUGACGCUCGACAGCAUGACCAAGGAGGAAAAACGCGCACGAGUUGAAGCCGCUGAACGACGCGCAAGAGAACGACAGGCAUUGAAAGCUGGAAAGCAGCCUGCAGGCCAGCAAGUGCGGUCUCAUGAACGGAAACCCUCCAUCACCCAUGGUGAGAGACGUCCGUCGGGCAAUACAGCUUUCUUUUCAGGUGCGCAACCUUCAGCGCAAAGAGAUGUGUCCCGAGACGUUUCUCGGGAUGUGUCACGAGAAUACCCCAGAGAUACCCAGAGAGACGCAUCUCGCGAUGUCCCACAAGACACCUACCGAGAUAUCCCACAGAAUGCGCAAAACGAUGCGCCAACAGAUGUUUAUCAAGAAUUGCCCCCACAAGUUACGGUGAAGAGAGGAGGCUCACAUCGUCGCCGCGUGUCAGUAGCGCAUCCCCAAGAAGCAGAGAAGUACUACGCCUCAGGCGCAAUGAUGGAACCGGACGAUAUGGAGCCUAUGCCUCGGCGCAUGGACCCUCAAUCUGCCAUUCCCAGACAUGUUGAGCCGACUUCUGGCAUCCCUCAGCGCAACUUGAGCUUCCGUGAGAGAGCAGCUCGAGAUAACGUACAGCUUCCUGAACAGACCAUGGCGAGGGAACCUACUCAGCCAGCACCUCAGACUGGGGGGUUCUCCUUGACGAGAAGUGGCAGCAACAAGCUCAAGAAGCCUCCGCCAGUCGACUAUCAGUAUGCUCCUCGCCGUGUGGUAUCAGAGAGGCGUCCUGCACCUAUGGUUUCGGCGAUGAAACCCCAGCAACAACAGUUUGAUGACGAUGACUACUACUAUGAUGAUCAAGAUGACCUACUUCCUCCUCGACAGAAUACCCAACAAAACACUCAACAAAACACUCGGCAGAUUACCCAAGAACUUAAUGAUCGCUUUACCCGCGAUAAAGAGCUACCCCCGGACCCUCCACUAACAGACGAUGCACGAAGACCAUCAGUCGACUUUGUUCCUGGGCGUCAACAAAUACCUAUGCCUGGUGAUAACCAGGGUAUCAGGAGGCGUGUUACUGAGCCUGUCCCUCGGGUUCAGUACGCUGACGAGGAUGAAUUCAUUCCUCCUCCUCCUACUCGUGGUAAAUCCAUUGGCACUAGACUCCUUGGUAGGAAGGAAGUUGAUGAUGGAUCUCGUGCUCAGAACCAGGCCGCUGUUCGUAGGAAGGCUGAGAGAGCAGAUAGCUUUUCUUCUGCUAGUUCUGACUCUCAUCACAUCUCGAACAUGGUCUUCAAGCGUCCGGAGGAUAUGGUCCCCGGUGAUGGCCUGUAUCAGCCACCCCAAUGGCUUGAUGAGUGGAAGAAGGGAACCGUUGGUAGCUUGUCCGGAAACUUCUUGGAUCUCCAGGAUAGCCACUUUCCAGAGCCAGACACACACCAGGCUUGGUGGGAGCAAGAUAAGAGCAAGGGCUACGCGGCACGACCACGAAAGGCUGAGGCCUUUGAUGGCGAAUACAACGAGCAGUCCCCUACUCGCUUUAAGCCUGCACUCUUCAUGAAGUGUGGCCCGCUGUUGAGAUACUGCGGGAUCAAGCGCGAGAAGGUCCCCAGCAGAACAGAUAGAACUGGUGCUCUGGUGGAACGAGAGAUGUGGCGUGGCAGCAUCAUGAUUGUCACUCAAGAUUCUGACUCUUCAUAUGAUAUUGCACCCACACUUCGCCUUUUCGUCCAAGGCCUUGAGCUGCUACCUCCCCCUCCUCAUCGCGUCAAGGGUGACUUGUCGCCCGAGUACGUUGAUCCUAUCGCGGGGCACCCCAAGGUGGGCCGUAGAGGAGAAACCCUUUACGUGCGCCCUGUGGAUCAUAUAGAUGAGGCCAAGGAUCUCUCGCGUGACGAGACUGAUGCUGGACUGUUCGAGCAGACUCGCAGCGCUCCUCAUCAAUCAGGCCCUGACGGCCCAACUGAUCUGCCUGGAUCUUUCGCCAGCCGUCGAAAGCGUAUUGGCAUCGAUGGUGAGAAGGUCCAGAAGUACAAAGAUGUGAGAGGCUCCAGGCUUCACACUGAGCGCGGAUGCACUUUCUGGCGCUUCAACAUCGAAGUGGAGCUCCGUGAGAAGCAGCAGCGCAUUGCGUAUCGCAUCAACCGCGGACCGGCCACAGGUUUCUGGGUCCCUGCUCAAGGCGACACUAUGAACAUGAUGUUCCACAGCUGCAACGGUUUCAGCAUGAGCGUCAAGCCUGAUGAGCUUAGUGGCCCUGAUCCCAUGUGGCGCGAUGUGUUGAACAACCACCAAACACGACCUUUCCAUCUCAUGAUUGGUGGCGGUGACCAGAUCUACAACGAUUGUGUGUCGGAAGAAUGCAGCCUUUUCAAGGAGUGGCUUCGGAUGCGCAACCCUGUCCAUAAGCACACUGCUGCUCUGACUCCUGAGAUGCAAGAUGAGCUGGAGACCUUUUACCUAGAGAGGUACUGCAUGUGGUUCUCACAAGGUCUGUUUGGCCUUGCUAACUCCCAGAUUCCCAUGGUCAAUAUGUGGGAUGAUCACGACAUCUUUGACGGAUAUGGAUCGUAUCCUCAUCACGACAUGAAGUCGCCUGUUUUCAGUGGCCUGGGUGCAAUUGCGUACAAGUACUAUAUGCUGUUCCAGCACCAGUCCAUUGCCACUGAGACAGAGACUACCGAGUCAAGCUGGAUUCUUGGCUCAGAGCCUGGUCCAUACAUCGGCGAAGUUGGCCGCAGUCUGUUCAUGUCUGUUGGUUCCAGAGUUGGACUUCUUGCAGUCGACUGCCGUACUGAGAGGACAGAGCAUGAUGUUGUUUCUGACAAGACAUGGGAGAAGAUUAUGAACCGACUGUACGCCGAGGUCCGCCGUGGACAGGUCGAACAUCUUCUGGUGCUCCUGGGUAUUCCUAUUGCGUACCCCAGAUUGGUCUGGUUGGAGAAUAUCUUGACAUCCAGACUGAUGGAUCCUGUCAAGGCACUUGGCAGGACCGGUGUCUUUGGCAAGGCUCUCAACAAUAUUGAUGGCGGUGUUGAAGUCUUGGAUGAUCUGAACGAUCACUGGACUGCCAAGAAUCACAAACAGGAGCGAGCCGUCGUGGUUGAAGACUUGCAGGAUCUGGCUAUUGACAAGUCUUUGCGAGUCACUAUCCUCAGCGGUGACGUCCAUCUUGCGGCUGUUGGACAGUUCUACUCCAACCCCAAGUUGGGACUUGCCAAACACAAGGACCCGCGAUACAUGCCCAACAUCAUCUCAUCAGCCAUUGCCAACACACCACCUCCUGAUCUGAUGGCUGAUGUGCUGAACAAGAGAAACAAGGUGCACCACUUCGACAAGCAGACUGACGAGGACAUGAUCCCCCUCUUCCAGCAAGGAGUUGAUGGCAAGCCGCGAAACAACAAGCAUCUUCUUCCGCACCGAAAUUGGUGUGCGAUUCGCGAGUGGCAGCCUGGAACCACACCUCCACCAACACCUCCUGGAUCUUCUGAUGGAAGAAGCCCAAGCCCUCCCCCUAAGCCUCAAGGCGGUGGCCUUCUCCGAAGAUUGUCCCUCUCUAGAAGCAAGUCGACAUCUUCGGACAAUCGCCCUGACCUAAGCAGAGACACCGUUCGUGGCCCUCGACCUCCUGUCACCAGAGGCGGAGGUGGCGGUCUAUUCCGCAGCCUGUCGCGACGAAAUUCGGCAGAUGGGGGCCGACCUCCCCCAGCCAAGCUUCAGCGAUCCAUGUCUGUUGACCAGGCUCCCGAUGCCAAGAAGGCCGGAUUCUUCAGCUUCAUUCGACGACCUAGUCAGCGUCGUGCUGCUGAUGACGGUGGCAUCAACGGUACCUGGGGAGACGAAGACGAAUAUGAUGAUGAGGAGUACUGGGAUGAGCCCCAGUCUCCUCGACGAGGAGGCGCUCGUCCUUCGGGUAUUCGAGGUGGAGCUGCCUACGACGAAUAUACUGAGGGUGACGACUCCUACUUUAUGUCCCAGCCUCGUAGAUCUCAAACCGUGGGAUCGCGAGCCAUGUCACACUCGCGCGAGGCUGUGGGCUACAUUCCUCCUGCGCCUCGUCCUGGAAACUUUUACAGGACACCUACAGGUCUUUCAACCAAGCAGAAGAAGCAGGCAGACAAGUAUGCCGUUGAUCUAGAGGGUGGACUCGACAUCACCCUGAACGUCGAGAUCAAUCCCAAGGACCCCACGGGCAUCACCAAGCCUUACAGGCUGCUCGUACCGAAGCUGUUCUAUGACUACGACGCUGAUAAUGAGGCACAGAACGUGCCAGAACCGGAGUCGGGCGCAGCUCAUGCUGCAGGUGCUGAGCCUGCGGAGCCGAGUGGGUUUAAGAGACUGCUCAGCUUCCGCAGCAAGAAGCCCAAGAACCGAGCUCCUCCGGAGGAUGACGAUUAUAGUGAAGACGACGAUGACGACAUUGAUGUUUACCGCGUGAGAUAG